AUGAAUCAAACUUUAAUUAAUUUAACAAAUUUAAGAUCAGAUACAAAUUUAACAUUAUAUAGAGAAAAUAAUAUUGAAAUUUAUAGUGCAUUUUUUAUACAAACAACAAUAUGUAUUAUUGGAGCAUUAUUAAAUAUAAUAAAUGUCAUUGUAUUAAGUCAUAAACAAUUUGAAGCUACACCAUAUUUAUUUAUGACAGCAUUAUCUUUAACUGAUACUGGAAUAUUACUUGUUCAUUUACCAUCUGGUUGGGCAAGAUGUGGAACACAACUUCGAAUAUGUCAAACAGAAACAUAUAAACAAUUUAGGGUUAUAUUGUUAUAUUACGUAACAUAUAUUGGAUUUGGAUUAGGGAAUAUACUUGAAGCUUCAUCUGUGUGGAUAACUGUGUUAAUAUCAGCGGAACGUUAUAUCAUUAUGAAAUGGCCACAUUUAGGCAAGUUAUAUUUUGCAAGAUAUCAAGGGAAAUGGCAAGUGUUUAUCACUGUAUGUAUAGCUGUGGUGUUUAAUUUUCCAUUAUUUUUUACAUUGAAAAUCAAUACUUCAGUUGUCCAAGGACCUAAUAAUACGAAGAGACAUUUUCAUUACAGUAAAUUAACAUGGUUUGGGCAAUCACCAUACUAUCACACCUUUACAUGGAUACGGUUUAUCUGUGUUCAAUGUAUUCCAUUGAUUACAUUGUGUAUCGUUAAUUUUAUGCUUCUACGUUUAACAUGGUCUAGUUAUCAUAACCAGAAAGCACAUCAAUUAAGUCAACAAAGUUAUAUGAAACGUUCAUCGCUUCCAAUGACAUCAGGGAUUGAUGAAAAUAAUGAGAGUUGUUGCCAAAGUAUAAAUGAUAUACCUUAUAAUUUACAGAUAAAACCUCAAGCAAUCUCCAAUUUCACAACUCAAGUAACAAUUUCAAAAGAUAUUGUUGACAACACUACAAUAUAUAGAAAUAACAGUCCAACUCCAACAAAGCGUAUUUCUUUAAGAAACAGACGGUUGGAACGUUCACAGCAAGCAAAUAACAAAUUAUCAAUAUUAUUAAUGACUGUGAUAUUUUUGUUUAUUAUCGGUCAGAUUCCUCAAGCUUUAGCGUAUGUGCAUAUUUUGGAAUUGAUUGUACCAAGAUCUUGCAUAAAAUGUCGACCAUAUUCAGCUCUCUAUAAACAUUUUAGUCAGCUGUUAUGUUUAAUUACAUCAACAACUAAUUUCUUUUUAUAUGUUGGUUUGAAUAGAAACUUUCGUGAAUGUCUGACUGGAUUAUGUCAUACAAGAAGCAAAGACAAAAUUUUCAAACGUUGAAUAAAAUUUCACUGGAAAAUAACAUGAAUCCAAUUCAUU